CUUUUCUCUGCUCUGCCCUUUUCCAGCCAGCACCGUGUGGUGAGCAGACCUGUGGCCACCAUCUCCUCUCCUCCUCCUCCGUUUUUUCCCCAAUUUCCCUUUCUUUGGACUACUUCAGCCACAAAACCUAGUCUCCUUGAACCCCUCUCUCCCUCCAUCAUGGAUCCGAAAGCCAUUAAAGAGGAGCUGCGCCUUUUCCAGAGCACCCUGUUGCAGGAUGGCCUGAAGGAGCUGCUGAAUGAGAACCGCUUCGUGGACUGCACCCUGAAGGUGGGCGACCGCUGCUUCCCCUGCCACCGCCUCAUCAUGGCCGCCUGCAGCCCUUACUUCCGGGAGCUCUUCUUCACCGAGGACGGCAAGGAGAAGGCGGACACCAAGGACGUGGUCCUGGACGACGUGGACCCCAACAUCCUGGACAUGAUCGUCCGCUAUUUGUACUCAGCUGAGAUCGACCUGAACGAUGACAAUGUGCAGGCCAUUUUUGCAGUGGCCAACCGCUUCCAGAUCCCAUCUGUCUUCACCGUCUGCGUCAACUACUUGCAACAGAAGCUCUCACUGACCAACUGCCUGGCCAUCUUCAGGCUUGGCUUGGUGCUCAACUGCCCCCGCCUGGCCGUCGCCGCCCGGAACUACAUUGCCGACCGCUUUGACAGUCUCUCCGCUGAGGAGGAAUUCCUUCAGCUCGCGGCCCAUGAGCUGUUCGCCAUCAUUGGCACGGAUACGCUUAACGUGGAGCAUGAGGAACAUGUGUUUGAGGCCCUGAUGCGCUGGGUACGCUGCGACAAGGAAAAGCGCACCAAGGUCCUCGGCGACGCCUUUGAGUGUGUGCGCUUCCGCCUCAUGCCGGAGAAGUACUUCCACGAAAAGGUGGAGACCGAUGACCUGAUCAAGGCCGACGCAGAGCUCAUGAAGAAGGUGCAGGUGAUCAAGGAUGCCUUUGGUGGGAAGCUCCCCGAGAAGACCAAGAAGAAGAAGGCCGAGGGAGAGGGCGACAAAGAUGGGAAGGAGGGAGAGGAAGAGGAUGAGGAGGAAGAUCUGUUGCCAGGAUACCUCAGUGACAUCAAGAGACUUGGCAUGUUCACGCGGGACCUGAUUGUCAUGGUGAACGAAACAGCCGCUGUGGCAUAUGAUGUAGCUGAGAAUGAGUGCUUUGUGGCAGCCAUGUCUGAGCAAGUGCCCCGGAACCAUGUCAGCAUUUGCACCUCGAAGAACGAGUUCUACAUCGUUGGCGGUCUGUUCAUAGAAGAGGACAACAAGGACAGCCCACUGCAGUGUUAUUUCUACAGGUUGGAUACGCUGGCAUCUGAUUGGAUGGCUCUGCCCCCCAUGCCUUCUCCCAGGUGUCUGUUUAGCAUGGGCGAGUAUGAGAACCUGGUGUUUGCCAUUGCAGGGAAAGACCUGCAGACCAAUGAGUCCCUGGACACAGUCAUGUGCUAUGACACAGUUAAGAUGAAAUGGAAUGAGACAAAGAAACUUCCCCUGAGGAUCCAUGGGCAUGCUGUGGUCUCUCACAAAGGCCUGGUCUACUGCAUUGGAGGAAAAACCGACGACAACAAAGCCAUCAACAAGAUGUUUGUGUACAACCACAAGCAGUCUGAAUGGAGGGAGAUGGCAGGCAUGAAGCUGGCCAGGGCAAUGUUCGGUGCCGUCAUUCACAAGCGUAAGAUCAUCGUGAGUGGAGGAGUGAACGAGGAAGGCCUUACCGCAACAGCUGAAACUUAUGACUUCACCACAAACAAAUGGGAGCCAUUCGCAGAGUUCCCACAAGAGAGAAGUUCAGUAAACUUGGUGAGCAGUGGAGGAGCACUGUACGCCGUCGGUGGUUAUGCCAUCAUGGAGCUUCCAAACAAAGAGGUCGGCCCAACAGAGCUCACUGACGUCUGGCAGUAUGAGGAGGAUACGAAGAAAUGGAGUGGUAUGCUGAGAGAGAUGCGUUACGCUGCUGGCUCUUCUUGUGUAUCUAUGCGACUUAACGCAGCCAGAAUGCCCAAACUCUGAAACGUGCCAUCCUACCAUGAUCUUCUCACCUGCUCUUUUGACCUUAAGAGCUCAGCUGCCUGGAGUCAUCCCUUUGUAGUCAUUUAAAGAGAGUGAGAGGAAACUCUGUGGUUUAUUAUUAAUGUUGCAAGGCUGUCUUGAGACACAUUGCUACAUAAAUUCUGUAGUCCAGUCAGCUGUGUAAUGUCUGAAAGCCUGCAAUGUUUUCCAAACGGUUUACAUUAAAAAAAGAAAUGCAUAUAGUCACUGAUGUGACUGUGAUGUUUUGGGUUGAAUUCUCCCAUCUCAGGUUACUUUCUGUACAAUAAAAUAACAAAGUUCAACCUGUUUCAUUUCACUCACUCAUGUCAGCAUAGUAGGUGUCUGAAUUGUAUGUAUGCUCCCUUUUUUGUAAAAUAAACAUUUUUAAAUUA